CCAUGUAUGAUGUUCUACAGGGUUCGCUCGCACUUCUUGGCUUACAACCGUCACAGCACAAUACAAAAUAAUCAUGAUGGAGAUAACAAUCGCAUUUCUUCUCAAAUCGUUGGUAUUUCUUCUGUUUUGGUCACACUACGAGGGGAAAGAGACAGAGUUUAAAGAUGUCACUUGCGGUUCCCUGGUAAAACUCCUGAACACCAGACAUAGCGUCCGUCUACAUUCCCACGAUGUCAAAUAUGGCUCAGGGAGUGGACAGCAGUCUGUGACAGGUGUCGAGAGCGCAGAUGAUGGCAAUAGUUACUGGAAGAUACGAGGAAAGCCCAACCAUCCCUGCCAGCGUGGGACACCAAUUAAGUGUGGUCAGGCUAUACGAUUCACACACAUGAAGACUGGCCGCAACCUUCACACACACCACUUCAGCUCUCCCUUGUCAAAUCAUCAGGAGGUCAGUGCAUUUGGAGAAAAUGGCGAGGGUGACGACUUGGACGUUUGGACAGUGCAGUGUGAUGGUAUCCACUGGGAGCGUAAUGACGCCGUGCGAUUCAAACAUGUAGGUACCAAUGUUUUUCUGAGUGUGACGGGCGAGCAGUACGGUCCCCCCAUUCGUGGUCAACGGGAAGUGCACGGGAUGCCUUCUGCAAACCAGCAUAACUGGUGGCAGGUAAUGGAAGGUGUCUUCAUCCAGCCGAGCCAGGAUCCCCUCCAUCACUCUGCCCAUCACAAUGAACUCUGAACUUAAAUCCAGUUAUCAUAAAACUUGUCCAAGUCCGUGCUUUGGUAAAUUAUUUCAUCCAAGUUAUGAUUUGGUACCUUUUUUCUCCGCUGUUUGAAGGGAAUUUUUAUGUUAGUAAUUAUGUAUAGUGGUUACAUUUUGAAGAAAAAUCCUUUUUCAUAAAUUUAGAAGAAAGUGUGGGGUGGUUUUAUAGAUAUGUAUUUUUUGGCACAUGUCCACACAUCCAGGAAAAUUAAAUCCAUGUUGUUUCCUCCCUAUUUUGGGAGCUUUUGAGUUUGUUGUAUUUUUUUUUUAAAGAAGAGACUUUCACCUUGAGAACCAUUUGCCACUGUCUAUUGCCACCUUUGGUCAUCCUGGUAAUGCAAAGCUGCAAUUCCGUUCAGAUGAGUCCGGAUAGCCCCCCGUGACAGAUCAACCCCAACAGGGUUGUCAAGAGUGUUGACUGCUGUACUGUAUUUCUUUAUCCCUGGUGAAUAUUGACGAAUGUAUACAAAUUUUAUUCAGACACUUGGUAAAAGGACAAACUAAAAUGGUGUCAAGCACUGGUAUAAACCUAUCAUUUUGUGUUUUAGAAAAACUGUACUUGUGUUUGUACAUUUUAAAUAAACCUAAAACUGUG